CUCUCACCUUUGACCACAUCUCUUUGCUCUCCUGGUAGUGGGAAAGAAGAGCUCUGUACUUGUUGUUAUCUCUCUGCCUCCUCUUUUUAUCUCCAUAGUCUCUUCCUCUGUUGCUAGCUAGUUUUUGCGAUGGCUGCUGGAAACGAAGUCAACCUUAACGAAUGCAAGAGAAUAGUCCCACUCAACACAUGGGUCCUCAUUUCCAACUUCAAGCUCGCUUACACCCUCCUCCGCCGUCCCGACGGCUCCUUCAACCGUCACCUCGCCGAGUUUCUCGACCGCAAAGUUCCCCCCAACUCUUUCCCCCUCGACGGCGUCUUCUCCUUCGACCACCUCGUCUCCUCCACCAACCUCCUCACCAGAAUCUACCUCCCAGCUCCCCUCGACCCCUCCCGCUACGGCGCCGUCGACCUCACAGAGCCUCUCAGCACCACAGAGAUCGUCCCCGUUCUCGUCUUCUUCCACGGAGGUAGCUUCACUCACUCCUCCGUCAACAGCGCCAUCUACGACACUCUCUGCCGACGGUUAGUGUCCAUAUGCGGCGUUGUUGUUGUCUCCGUUGAUUACCGGAGGUCGCCGGAGCAUCGUUACCCUUGUGCGUACGACGACGGAUGGAACGCUCUCAAAUGGGUCAAAUCCAGAAUCUGGCUUCGGAGUGGUAAAGACUCAAAUGUUUAUGUUUACUUGGCUGGUGACAGCUCUGGUGGCAACAUAGCUCAUAAUGUUGCUGUCAGGGCGACCAACGAAGGAGUUAAAGUGUUGGGGAACAUUCUUCUUCACCCUAUGUUUGGUGGGGUAGAGAGGACACAGUCUGAGAAGAGACUUGACGGUAAAUACUUUGUUACUGUUCAAGAUCGAGAUUGGUAUUGGAGGGCAUUUUUACCUCAGGGUGAAGAUAGAGAUCAUCCAGCUUGUAAUCCCUUUGGUCCUCGAGGUCAAUGCCUUGAAGGAGUCAAGUUUCCCAAAAGUCUUGUCGUUGUGGCUGGUUUAGAUCUUGUUCAGGAUUGGCAAUUGGCUUAUGUCGAUGGGAUUAAGAAGAGUGGUCAGGAUGUUAACCUUUUGUAUUUGAAGCAGGCUACCAUUGGGUUUUACUUCUUGCCUAACAAUGAUCACUUCCGUUGUCUUAUGGACGAGUUGAAAAAGUUUGUGCACUCCAUAGAGGAUGAUAGUCUAAGCAAGUCAAGUCCUAUUCUUCUGACUCCAUAGCAACAUGAAUAUAUGUCUGCUCUAUGUUGAUGUUCUAUACAUGAAGAGAAGAAGAAGAAGAGGAUUGGAUUUUGAGUACUUAGCUAUUGUGUAGUGCUCACUGCUUAGUCACGUUUUUUGUGUCUUCAUUAGUCUACUGAAGCAUCAUAAGUCCAGCUUAUUGUGAGAUUUUGUUGGUUGCGCCGGAAGCAAAAACCAAUUCUGUUAUCGGCAUGUAUCGGUUUAGGGAUAAACCGGAAAAUGGUACUUUGCUUGGUAGUAUAGGAGAUAGUCUUUAGUUGGCUCUUGAGUACAUUGGGUAAAACUUGUCCUUGGCAUGGAUUUGUAUGUUUAUAUUAACCUUUUUGUCUUCCAUGCUUUUAAUAAA